UCUCUCUGUGGACUUAUACGAGACGUGGCAGGGAAUGGAGGAGGCAUAUCACGCCAAUCUGACCAGGGCCAUCGGCGUCUCCAACUUCAAUAUCACUCAAUUGCAACAUAUUUUGAAGAAUGGUUACGUUAAACCACUUGUUAAUCAGGUUGAGAUCCACCCCUACUUAACUCAGGAGCCAUUAGUGAACUUUUGCCACGAGAAUAAUAUAGCGGUCGUGGCCUACAGUCCGAUCGCCAAAGCGAACCAAACACUGUUUAAAGAGCCAGUGCUCGUGGAGAUGGCGGCCAAACACGAGAAGACAGUUCCGCAGGUGAUUAUGCGAUGGCAUCAGUUCUCACAUCAGAGACAACAUAAAAAGAUGAGUUUGUGGUCUUUCUCCAUAAGUCUGCUUAAAAUCGUUUGUAUAAUUGGUGUCAUAGCUAUGGUCUGUGAGACCGGACCGUCGAGGAGACAGUGCGGCGAACUAAUCAGCGCUUUGCAACUCAUGGGCGCCGGACACGCAUCGAGAGUAUCGGGUAUUAAACGGCUUUCGUUAGAGAAUAUGCCAAACAUUUAUACCGAUUGUCUUCACGCAGAAGAAGGCAUUAGAUUCAAAAAGUCGCUGAAAAGACAUUUAAUGCCGUAUAAAAUGAGAAAUGCUAUGAAAUAAAAUAUAAAUUAUUUAUUUAAAAACAAUCGAUG